AUGGUCGUCAAGGUCGGAAUCAACGGCUUCGGUCGCAUUGGUCGCAUUGUCUUCCGCAAUGCCGUCGAGCACAACGACGUUGACAUCGUCGCCGUCAACGACCCCUUCAUCGAGCCCCACUACGCUGCCUACAUGCUCCGAUAUGAUAGCACCCACGGCCAGUUCAAGGGCACCAUCGAGGUCGACGGCAACAACCUCAAGGUCAACGGCAAGACCGUCAAAUUCUACACAGAGAAGGACCCCGCCCAGAUUCCCUGGAGCGAGACGGGCGCCUACUACGUCGUCGAGUCCACCGGUGUCUUCACCACCAAGGACAAGGCUGGCCUUCACUUGAAGGGUGGAGCCAAGAAGGUUGUCAUCUCUGCUCCUUCCGCCGAUGCCCCCAUGUUCGUCAUGGGCGUCAACAACGAGACCUACAAGUCCGACAUCGACGUGCUCUCCAACGCGUCCUGCACCACCAACUGCUUGGCCCCGCUCGCCAAGGUCAUUCACGACAAGUUCACCAUUAUUGAGGGUUUGAUGACCACCGUCCACUCCUACACCGCCACCCAGAAGGUCGUUGACGGCCCGUCCGCCAAGGACUGGCGUGGUGGCCGCACCGCUGCUCAGAACAUCAUUCCCAGCAGCACUGGUGCCGCCAAGGCUGUCGGCAAGGUCAUUCCUGACCUCAACGGCAAGCUCACCGGCAUGUCCAUGCGUGUCCCCACCUCCAACGUCUCCGUCGUCGACUUGACCGUCCGCAUCGAGAAGGGUGCCACCUACGACGAGAUCAAGGAGGCCAUCAAGGAAGCUUCCGAGGGCAGCCUCAAGGGCAUACUCGGCUACACCGAGGACGAUAUUGUCUCCACCGACCUUAACGGCGACAACCGCUCCUCCAUCUUCGACGCCAAGGCCGGUAUUUCCCUCAACAAGAACUUCGUCAAGCUCGUCUCCUGGUACGACAACGAGUGGGGCUACUCCCGCCGUGUUCUCGACCUCCUGGUUUACAUUGCCAAGAUUGAUGGCAACGCUUAG